AUGUCAGUCACUUACACAGCUACAGCUCGAUGCUGUACGCGAGUACUCCAGCAAUCGUCAAAACGCAUUUGCCUAGCCGCUCGCGCCACUACACAGCUAGAACGACGAGCCCCUUCGCGGCGAUGGGAAUCCACCACCGCAGAGGCACCAAUUGAUCCCAAAAUCUCAACUAUAGUCGACCAAAUAAGUCAAUUAACGCUUUUGGAAACGGCAGACCUUGUCUCAAACCUCAAAAUUCCAGAUCUCCCCAUCGGUGGUUUCUCCGCCGGCGCUGGUGGAGGAGCUGCAGCCGCCCCACCUCCUGAGGAAGCAGACGAGCCCGCUCCCGUCACAGCACAAGAAAAAACCCUGUUCACGUUACAUCUAAAAUCAUUUGAGGCAGGGGCGAAACCAAAGGUCAUUAAAGAGAUCAAGAGUAUGCUUGGCUUGAGUUUGGUAGACAGCAAGAAGUUUGUGGAGAGCGCGCCGAAGAUGAUGAAGGAGGGCAUUCCCAAGGAAGAGGGGGAGAAGAUCGUGGAGUUAAUGAAAGGGCUAGGCGCAGUUGUAGGGAUGGAGUAA